AUGCUGGCGUUUACCCCGGCUAGACACCUCACAUUCAAUCAUUCUGAUGUAUUUUUCCCUUGGGCUCAAUUCCCUCUGAUCACCCAUCCAGUCUUCUUCGGACCAGCUAAAGCUCCGCCUCAAUUCCCAAAUGAACUUCUCUUCCGAAUAUUUUCUCUGUACACAACUUAUGAUCAAAGUACUUUGGCUAGCUGUUCUUUGGUCUCUAAAAACUUUUACUCGGUUGCAUUCCCCAUUCUGUGGAGGGAUUUGAGACUUGGCACAAAGUUUUUAGCUGGAAGAGCAAUUCAAACUCCGGAUCAGAUAGUCUUGUUACCAUCAGAGGAUAUCAAGGAAGGUGCAAGUACCAUCAAACCCGGUGAAGUGAAAAGCGCAGAACGAGAUCAGGAUAUCGUGAUGAAGGAGAUUGAAGAGGAGAACGAAAAGGAAGCUGGAACACCAGAUGAGAGUGAAGAUGUAAAACAAGAUGAAGGGGAAGAAGCAAAGCAUGAUGUGAAUAAAGACGAACAACAAGCUGAAAAGGAAGACCGAAAAGAAGAAAUCGACGGUGAUGUCGAAAUGACAGAUGAGAGCCAAGAAGGCAGCGUCAAACAUUCGGAGUCAGAUGGAGAGACUGACAUCGAAGAGCUUCACCAGUUAGAUUGUCUCUCCGAGGAUAUGCUGAAAGGUGUCGAAACAUUAUAUCUCACUCAUCAUAAAUACCAAUCCUGUUGGGAACUAAGAAACGAAUUCAAAUUACCCUCAUUGAAGAUGCUAGAACUAAACCUCCAACCUCAAACUCACUCGGACAUGGCUGAAUUACAUCGUGGGGGACAUAAGCGAUGUUCAUUCCUUAAAGAUCUUCGACCUAAAGUAGUCAUGCUCAGAAACAUUGAUCUUAAAUUACUGGACUUUGAUCCGGUUAUCCAACCUGAUCUUUUCACGGAUAUGGAAACGUUAGUUUUGGUCACGAAUUCCUGUAAUACCCAUCAUGAUGGAUGUGGAUCCGUAUACAAAUUUCGACAGCACUUAGGUUAUCCUAACUCAUCUUCGAAAAAAUUGAAAACCAUUCAUCUGAUAUUUCAACCUUAUAGGCAAUGGGAUUAUAAUGAAGUCGAUUUAGUUUCCAGACCACACUAUUGUUCAUUAAUUGAUCUAUGUGUGAAAUUCCCAAACGUCCAUAUCAAUAUAAUCAACAUCGGUACAACAGCUUUACACAUUGAUUCACAUGAUGAUUCUCAUGAUAUCAAGUAUCACAUGGACAGAAUUCACACAAGAGCAAGAAACGGUGUCUUGGAUAGAGUGAAGAGAGAAGCCAGGGAAGAAGGGUGGGAUCGAGCAAAAGUUGAAAAUAGAAUGAGCUCGAUUGGAUUCCUCACUUUGAGAGAAUUUUGGUAUGAACGAAAUGGUUGGGAUUACUUUGAGAAGAGAGAAUUGGAUGGAUGGUGGGAAUUCAUGCAUAGAGAAAGACCAAAAUCAAAGGGUUGA